UAUUUAAGAAACAAGUUAACCACAGGACACAGGAACAUCGGCCUUUGUGCAGUUGUCCACUGAAUGUGGAUCUGAACCCACCCUGUUCACCUGAUGUUCACCUCAGACUACGACCUCCUCCCCAAGAUGAAGAAGGAGCUCAGUGGUCGCCAUUUUGUCAGUGACGAUGACGUUAUUGCUGCAGUAUCAAAGCCUUAUAAAUGUCAGGGAAAACCUGUUAAACGAGUUCUUAAUACUGUGUAAUCUGCUGAUCAAGAUGUUAUGUUCAAUAACUCUCCCGGGUGAGAGAGAAGACUUUAUAUUGUAAUGUGCAAAGACUCAGUGAGAGUGAAGGAAAGAGAAAGAAAAAAAAAAAAGGAAGAAGAAUAGAAGGGGCUGGGUUUCCUAAAAUAGAAACCCACUGGAGAUCAACCAACAAAAGUAAAGAGGAGCUGAUGAGAACAACUUGAGUUAAACUGUCUCUCUCAGGACUUCAGCACCAAGAUGAACAAGAUGAGGAGUUUUCUUCUACUUGUCCUCUCACUGCUGACAGGAUGUGAGGCCACGUCUGAACUGAGGGGAUGUGCAGGAGGAUGGAUUGAAUUCAUGUGUAAUUAUUCUACAACAACAGGACAAAAUCAAAGUUUUGUGAUUGAAUCCCCUCAUCUGACCACUGAAGACAGAAGUAAGGGAUGGGAUGGCAGAUUUCAUCUGUACAAUGACACCAAAAAUAAGAAAGUGAAGUUGUUGGUUAUCAAACAACUUAGUGUAAAGGAUGCUUGGAAAUACAGCUGUAAACCUGACACAAGACAAACUUAUUCUGUGAAAGUGAAUUUAACAGAUGGAAAGAACGGCUGCCAGGAACCAUUUAAUCAAACUGCGUACAGAACAGCUAAAACCACCAUCAUCUGUGAUUACCCAGAAAAUAAAGACAAGUCCAGACUCAAGUUUUUCUGCAAAGACACAAAUGGCAUCUGUGAGGAAAUAUUAUCAACAGAAUCUUCUAAAAGUUUAAACAAGAGGUUCACUCUCACAGGCACUAAAAGGGGCUUCAACAUUUCCAUCAGUAACGUGUCCUCAGACGAUGCUGGUGUCUACUGGUGUGGAGUGAAAUCAAAUGACAAAUAUCACCGUGCUGCACGAAAAAAAAUACAACUAGAGGUUCAAGGUAUUACAAACUUCACAAGAUCCCCAACUGUUGGACAGAAUAUCUCAUACUGGUGUAAGUACCAAACAAACAAUCCUCCCACUGAUAAAUUCAUUUGUAAAGGGGAAGAUCCAUCUAUAUGUCAACAUCUAGUCAGCACCACACAGCCCAACAUGGACAAUGGGAAGUUUUCUAUGAAGGACGACACAGGGAAGAGAAACAUCACCAUAACAGUGAGAAACCUAACAACAGACGACACUGGGACAUACUGGUGUGGAGCAGAAACCACUGACAAAGGACGCAGCAACCUGUUCUUCAACAGAUUGUUGAUGACCGUAGGGCCACCAUCGACACCAGGGCCAAGUCAUGGUGGCUUUGACCCAGUCAUUAUUGUGACUGUCUGUGUGCCCGUCUUGCUGCAGCUGCUUGUGUUAAUUUUAGUCCUUAUUGGCAAACGAUUUUCUGAUUUAAACAACACAAGAAAUGAAGCCAAAGCACAGCACAUCAGAGAGGUUCAGAACAGCUCUGACAGCGUUGGUGGUGAGGGGCUGAUCCCCAGGCCGAACUCCUCUGCCUCUGAAUAUACUACUGUGGAGUAUAGAUAGGUGACAUUAAAGGUCAAAGCUGAGUAAAUGAGUGGAGAAUCACAGUUAAUGAGGAUCCACACAGGGUGUGACAGGUCACUGAAUGGAUCGGCCAACAUCUAUGGCCGAGGUUUCAGUUCCAUUCACUUUUGAUGUGUUUACAAUGAAAUCCAGCUCAGACUCAGGAAAUACACCAAGAUAUUUGAAUGUUGGACUCCAUCGCCUUAAAUCCCAGUGACUUGGAGACACAGGAUUAACACUGAUCUGUAAAUAGUAGAAGAAUCCUGUGUUAUUAUUUACUCCUGAAGCCUAAAGCUUAGUUGAAUAUGUUUUAGAGCCCUACUGAUAUAUCUGCAUGAUCAAUAUUACAGGCUGAUCUAUCUUAUCACAGAUACUGCUCUGCUUCAGGCAUCUGUUUUUUUACUUCUCAGAGACGGAACAUGGGAUUAUUUGAAGUCUUUUUUGCUUAGGAAGGUUCCUUUCAUGCUGUUGUAUUAUUUCAACAUUUCAAUCUUCUGUGUCACUGUACUUAUCGUCCAUGUGUUAUAAAUAAAGCUGGUUUUAAAAAGUG